CACAUGCCAAGAUUCCACCCAAUGCAACACUGAUCUUUGAGAUUGAACUUUAUGCAGUAAAUAAGGGACCUCGUAGUGUUGAAGCAUUUAAUCAAAUAGACAAGGACAGUGACAAGAAACUUUCUGAACUUGAGAUAAGCCAGUAUUUGAAAGAAGAGUUUGCAAGAGAUGGCAAAAAACGUGAUCCCUCAGUCCAUGAUGAAGUCUUAGCUGAUAUAUUUAAGAAGAAUGACCAUGAUGGAGAUGGUUUCAUAUCAGCAAAGGAGUACAAUGUCUACCAGCAUGAUGAACUCUGA